AUGAUUGACGUCAAAGGUUUGAGUUUUCAAAUUUUAUAAAAAUUUAUAUUUUUAUAACAACGUCAAAUUUUCAGUCCGAUCGUUUCCAACUUCUUUUAAAGUUGUUGUAAGUUAAUUUGAACCAAUAUGGCAUUGUUUUAGGUUUUAUGUUAUGAAUACUAGCCACAGGAAGAGGUCGAUAGAGGUGACGGGACAAGAAGCUUUGGAUAUUGUGAAUCAGAGUGUCUCCUCAGCAAAGAAAAUAUUACUCGAGACGUCGUACGAAAACAAGGCUUUCAUUACCGAGCUUCAAGUAAUAAUCUGCUAGGGUAAUAUCUAAUAUCUUGUAGGUUAACUUGGGAGAAGAAGAGAAUGGAGCCAACGAUUUUGACGAAAAAGAUGAGCUUAAGGAAAAAAAAUUCGAAAAGGAAACGAGACGGAAAAGUAAAUUGAGGAGGUCCAUUUCUGUACCAAAUUUAUUGGAAUCUGUAAGAAUUUUAUUUUAUAUUUUUUUACUUUCUUUAGUUGGAUCAGAAAGCGCCGGCUUCUCAGAGGAGAGCAACGACUACAUUGAUUCCACAGGCUUUGUAAGUUAUAUAAUUAUAGAUAUAUUUAUGUUUUAGGAAUGAAAGUAAGGACAUUUCCAUAUCAAAUUGGGAUAGUUUUGAUGGCUGCCGAGCCCAUGAGUUCUGCAGUACUCGAGUAAAGAAGAUGAUCAGUGCCGUGGAGUGUGCGUCAUGCAAUACACCCAUAAAGUUUGGUUCAAUGAGUAAAAAAUGCAAUGGUAAUUUCGGGAUUGUAUUGGAAUAACAGGCACUUAAUUUUAGCUUGCAAGCUAUCCUUCCACUCUGAUUGUAUUCAAAAAGUCGGGUUUCCUUGUCUUCCGAAGAAAGAAACUCCCAAGUCACUGUAUGGGAAGGGAAGGUUGAGAUUAGGAGAUUAUUGCCCAGAUGAUCGUCCAAUGAUUCCACACCUCGUCGGGCAUUGUGUUUUAUAUCUCGAGAGAUGCGAGGUACCAGAAGACUUAUACGAAGGGUUUGGGUACGUUAUUUAUUUUUUGCAUUAUUUUUUUAGGGACGAAGAAUGCUCGUCCAAGUUGUUGGCCAUGUUCAAGAAAAGUAAAAGUAUCCCAAAGUUGACGGGAUUCCAAAUGAAUGAUGUGGCUGGAUGCUUGAAACGAUUCUUGGCUGAUAUUAGGGUAGGAUAUAAAGUGAAUUAUACCGGCAGUUAUUGUAGGAGCCUUUGAUUCAACUUCCUGAGACUCAGGAAUUUGUUUCUGCAUCAACCGAAGAAGACGGCGGUUCGAAGCUGCUGGAACUCGUGCAAGGACUUCCGCAUCCUCAUUGUGAUACAAUCGUUUAUUUGGUCAAACAUUGGAAGCGACUUGGAGAAGGGAGUUUUGUAAGUUUUCUACAUUGAUUUACAAAUCUGAUUAGCACGGAUUCGUGGAGCCAGCUGCAUUAUGCCGGAGAGUAGGCCCUGUGGCAAUGGGAGUUGGUCGGCCGACGUGUGAAGUUACCGAAGAAGAGGCCGCCGGCGUGUUCUUAGCCUUGAUGAAGAUCCCCAUGGAAUCGUGGACUGGAUUGGAGGUGGAAUCGAAUGCCCAAUCCCUAAGUCGAAAGUCAUCUCAGCAAUCCCAUGAGCUUACUCGUUUCACCUCAUCGAUCAACAUCUUGAAUUAG